UUCAAAACAAAGUCAGUUUGUAAACACGCCUCUUACUAAUUAUUGAAACUACAGAUAAAUUACAAUUUAUAAUCACAAAAUCUCGAAUAACAGUUUAUUCCAAAGUGGGUUUCUUUCAUAGUUUCACUUUAAACGGUGUUUGUUAUGUUAUAGUGCCGAAUUGUAUCUUGAAUCGAAAUGUAUUGUUUGUGUUGUGGAUUAUUAUAGCGGCUAGAUGGAAGGACAGUAUUACCUACCCAACAAUGUUAUUCACCAGACUUUGUCCAACACCCCGGCCUACGGGGGAGGUGGUGAUCAACCUGCGUACUCCUUCCAGAGUAGUCCUAGAGCGUUGUUUACAACUAGGAAGAAGUUCAAAAACCCCGUCACAGAAGAUGGGAGUCCCUUGCCCUACGGCAACAUCAUGUUUGACCGACGAGUUGUCCGAGGCAGCACGUUCGCUCAACAUCCGACCCCAACGGCGAGGUGUGAUUCCCAGGCGGCCAGGCAGGCGGAGGCCCGACGACGGUCCAUGGCUCGCAGGAAGGCCCAGGGACAGCAGACGAGGGCGAUGAGGCUCAGGAUCGGGACUCCGCCCCCGGUGGAAGGUAGACAGCACGAGGUUGUGCAGACUGACCAGUACAUGGAGGAGCUGUUCGACCAUCCGCCAGGAGCGACAGUCUCCUGCCAGACUGACUUCUUUCUAGACCGUCCGGAAACCCCGGUCUACGUUCCCUCCAAGACGGGACGAGACGUGGAGACGCAGAUAUAUCCAGGAGAGCUGUUCCACUUCGACACUGAAGUGCAGCCUAUCCUGGAAGUCCUGGUUGGCAAGACUGUGGAGCAGGCGAUGGUCGAAGUCCUGGAGGAGGAUGAGCUUGCGGCGAUCCGCGAACAGCAGCGAAGGUACAAAGAGAUCAGAGCUGCGGAAAAGGCUGAGGAACAAAGACUGGAGGCACAAGAACUGAGGAGGAGAGAAGAAGCGGAGCAGCGGAUGGCCGAGAUGGCAGAGGCGGCGCGGAUACAGAAGGAGACCGAGGAGAGGGUAGCAGCCGCGGUCCUCACUCAGGGAUACAUCGCCGACCUGCUGCCGUCCGUGCUGGAGGGGCUAAAAGAGGCUGGCUACUUCAUAGACGACAUCAGACAAGAUGUGGAGGAGAACUUCAUGACGUGGCUGAUGGGAGAAGUGAAGCUGGAAAUGCAGAGGAUGGUGGACAACAGAGACUUGCUUUCUGAGAUAGUCCGUGAGAUCCUGGAGACGCGGGCGGAGGUGUACCGGGCGAUGAGUGACGGCGGUGCUGCGGACAGACCCGGCAGUGAGGAGCCCACGUCCACGCCGCUGCCUGGAGUGUCGUCCGUCGUGUUCAGCAAGGAGGCGGAGGACGAGGUCCAAGAGACCGGUGACAGCUAGACAUCGCAUUCGUGGACAGCGAAUGGUGGACUAGCAUUUGGGUGCCUAACGAAGCAAUAAGUUCAAUUAUUUAUUUUAACCGAAAACCUUUGAAUCAAAGCAAAAAUUUAUAGUAGAUUUGGUAACAAUUCCUAUGUUUAGAGCUAGCCUUGUAAGAUAUAGGUUGUACAAU